AUGGCGAUCGACAGCCGACAAAGCUUUCAAACAUGCACACCGCCGUCGCUAGCAAAACCUCUUAAUGCAUCCGGUGACAUUGUGGGCUAUGGAAUCUUGGCGGCUUUCCUAGGCACUGCGACCAUUACCAUUGUCGCUGUCCUCCUGGCUUAUUUCUUCGAGGCCAUCGAUGAUGACCUCUUAAACGACAUGGAUGGCAAAGUCAUCGCUUCGGUUGGGUGGAGCGGUAGAUCAGCUGCGCGGCAAGCAGACAUUUCCCCUGCUGACAGGGAGAAACAUGCUCGCCUCCGCGCGAAGCGUAUCCGUUCGUUCACGCAGUUCAUUCUGGCACUCAGCGAUCAGCAACUUGUAACUGGGUUAGCCAUCUUGAUCGCGGCCGUCUCGGGCAAAAACAAACUUUCAAAGUUCGAGUUCUCCGUCGCACACAGCCUUGCCUGGUUCUCGUCCACAACACACCUGGCAACACUAGACGUCCUCAGGCCCGCCCUGCGGAGCCAGAAUCCUUGGAUGCUUCAUACGCGCGUGUUUGGAAUGGUGUGUGUUUUGGCCCUUUUGUUGUACACCUCAGUCGAGCUUGCGUUGAUGGGGACUCCCUCGAGCGCAUUUAUUCCCUGCGCGGAGGACAAGCAAAUCCCUCAGAAUCUCCUAGCCACCAUCCCUACUAUGUUACUCAUAGUCAGUGGCUACAUCAUCAGAUUGCAGGAUCUUUACUUUUACGGACGGGGUCCUGGGCCGCUUCUUAGCUUUCUGCGAGCUCUCAGGCUGAAAGAACACAAGUCUCUUACAUAUGGUGACCUUUAUGCGAGGUCGCUCGCCAAUACUCGUUGCGACUUACUGAUGAGGUAUAAUCUUAUCUCUGGAAGACGCGCUGGUAGGGUUUCUGUGGCCUAUUUCUGGGGCUACCUCCAGUACGGCACUGCCUUCCUUUCCACGCUGCCAACUAUCGCAUUCAGUUUCCUUUACGGCAUUGGCCAGCUUGUCAUACGCUGUUGGGUAAAGGCACCCAAGUUGACUCCCGAGUCUCGGGAAAUGGGGUUUGGCCAAAUAAUGGCAUUAUUUCUGCUCAUUCUGCCGAUUCUCGCGGCCGGAGAAGUCUUUACAGGCAAAAAGGAUGACGGAUCUAAGAUGGAUAAUUCGCAGCAAGAAAGUCCUAGGAAAGGGGAUCAUGAUGAAACAACCACUAGCGAUGUUCUACCGUCACAUGAGACAGGUCACGAAUAUGACAUGAAUUUUGAGGUUAUAAAGAAAUACCUGUUUACGACAGCUAAACAGCCGAACGACAUACCGGAGCACCGGAGGGAUUUUUUGCUUGAGAGAUACAAAGUUCUGAGAACCACAGAACACAGAGUCGGCUUCGGUUUCGCGUUCGGAUUCCUUUCGGUUGACCUACUUUUUGGCGUUCUGGCAGCUAUUUUGCUGCUUCCUCUUGAACUGUCAGAGGUUGCAGGAAUCAUGGUAUUCAGUUUUUGGAUAGGUUGGAGGGUCGUGUUUCAAGGCAUUGAGCUUAUAUCAAAAACCACUAAGGCCUGGGGUUGUAAUGAUGCAGAGAAGAUAUACAAGGAGACCGAGGAGUUGAUAACACUAUAUAAAAGUUGA